GGCGGGGGUAACCCAAACUUGGAGGAAACGCUCGGAAUCGGGCACACCGAGCCGCCAAAAUGAAGGUGAAGAUGCUGAGCCGGAACCCGGACAACUAUGUCCGCGAAACCAAGCUGGACUUACAAAGAGUUCCAAGAAAUUAUGAUCCUACCUUACAUCCUUUUGAAGUCCCGCGAGAGUAUGUAAGAGCUUUAAAUGCUACCAAAUUGGAACGGGUAUUUGCAAAACCAUUCCUUGCUUCCCUGGAUGGUCACCGAGAUGGAGUCAAUUGCUUGGCAAAGCACCCAAAGAGCCUGGCUACUGUCCUUUCUGGGGCAUGUGAUGGAGAGGUUAGAAUUUGGAACUUGACUAAACGAAAAUGUAUCCGUACGAUACAAGCCCAUGAGGGUUUUGUACGAGGAAUAUGUACUCGCUUUUGUGGGACUUCUUUCUUUACUGUUGGUGAUGACAAAACUGUGAAGCAGUGGAAAAUGGAUGGACCAGGCUAUGGAGAAGAGGAGGAACCGUUGCAUACAAUAUUAGGAAAGACAGUAUAUACAGGAAUUGAUCAUCACUGGAAGGAAGCUGUUUUUGCCACAUGUGGACAGCAAGUAGACAUUUGGGAUGAACAAAGAACAAGUCCUAUAUGUUCAAUGACCUGGGGAUUCGACAGUAUAAGUAGUGUUAAAUUUAACCCAAUUGAGACAUUUCUCUUGGGAAGUUGUGCUUCUGACAGGAAUAUAGUACUAUAUGACAUGAGGCAAGCUACUCCCCUGAAAAAGGUCAUCUUAGAUAUGAGAACAAACACAAUUUGUUGGAACCCUAUGGAAGCUUUCAUUUUUACUGCAGCAAAUGAAGAUUACAACUUAUAUACUUUCGAUAUGCGUGCACUGGACACUCCUGUAAUGGUACAUAUGGAUCAUGUAUCUGCGGUGCUUGAUGUGGAUUAUUCUCCGACUGGGAAAGAGUUUGUGUCUGCUAGUUUUGAUAAAUCUAUUCGAAUCUUUCCUGUGGACAAAAGUAGAAGCAGGGAAGUCUAUCACACAAAGAGAAUGCAACAUGUUAUCUGUGUAAAAUGGACUUCUGACAGCAAAUAUAUUAUGUGUGGAUCUGAUGAAAUGAACAUUCGUCUGUGGAAAGCUAAUGCUUCUGAAAAGUUGGGUGUGCUUACAUCACGAGAAAAAGCAGCCAAAGAUUAUAACCAGAAAUUGAAAGAGAAAUUUCAACAUCAUCCUCAUAUAAAACGCAUUGCUCGUCACCGACAUCUACCAAAAUCCAUCUACAGUCAGAUUCAGGAACAGCGCAUCAUGAGAGAAGCUCGUCGACGAAAGGAAGUGAAUCGUCUCAAACAUAGCAAGCCUGGAUCUGUAUCGAUUGUGUCGGAGAAGAAGAAACACAUAGUGGCAGUUGUGAAAUAACACGUGGUAUUCCUACCGAUCCUGAUACAUGAUGAUUUGUUAUACUUUGAUUUGCAAAUGUAAAUAAAACUACUGGCUCUAGAAUAAUAACGAACAGUUCAGUUACAUGUGUAGAGGAAGUAAAAACUGUCCUGAAAGGUGGCCUGGUUGAUAAGACUGUCCGACAUUUUAUUCUUGAUCUUCUUUCUUAUGUCAUUGAAGAAUACAGUAUUUGCAAACUAACUUAAUUCCUUUUACAAAAUGCAGAUAUACUUUCACUUUGACCUAUUAUUAUAGAUAUACUGUAUGUUUGAAUUUACAUUCAAGACCAGACAUCUCUUUGGUUACCUUUAAUAUUACUUUGGAUAAUUAGUGCAAUGAUUCUUCCUAUGAUUACACAUAACAUGGGGAAGAAUUAUGUCAGAACUUUUUUCAGUUCAAUUAAUUUUCUGUGUUUUAUUUGUAGUUGGCUUUUUGAGACCUUAAAGAUGAUCAGCUUGAAUUUAUAUAACUUUUUAAAUAAUAAUUACAGUUUAUGGUCAAGAUAAUAAAACAUCCUUUAUCUCAGCAUUAUAACUUUGAUCCACUUCUGCUAAAUGAUUUCUCUUCAAUCUUACUAAAUCA